CUCAUCACACCAAAACUACAAUCUUCCAAGAAAAUCAGCAUUCUUUCUAGACUACUCUUCAAAUUUUAAUUUCGCGUUCUGAAAUGGCCAGUGGAAAAGUAACAGCUAUUGCCUGCCUUGUCAUGUUCAUGGUUUUCUGCGCAGAUUUUAACACCGUUACGGCAUCAACUGCAAACCCAGCAUGUUGUCAAGAACAUCCCAAUUUUGGUCAAUGUAAUUUGAAAAACCAAAAGGACAUGGAUCGCUGUAACGAUUACUGCAGUUCAAGCUGCAGGGGUGGAGAAUGCAAGAUUAGGGGUGGGAAGCAUGUCUGCCACUGCUACUGUUAAGAUAUUCCUCAAUGCACGCAAACAUUUAUAGAUUCAUUCGUUCGACAGAUAGAUGAAGAUUUUUGGUUUAUAACGCAGGGAAAUGUACUAAUUUCUUUGUAAGCUUCUCCAUGAAUAAGGAAUAAAACCAAUCGAUUAGCCUUUGCCUUUUUGUA